AUGGAAGCAUCCAGCCAUUCUUAUUCCGGUGAUAUAAAAGGUGGACUAUUUCAUGGAAGAGGUGUAUUAAUUUACUCAAAAAAUGAAAAAUAUGAAGGAGAUUUCGUAAUGGGUAAGAGAGAAGGCUUUGGUAAAUUUACUUAUGCUGAUGGAGCUUCUUAUGAAGGUGAAUGGGUUGACGAUAAAAUCCAUGGUCAAGGAAAGGCAAAUUUUUCUAGUGGAAAUACUUAUGAAGGGCAAUGGGAAAAUGGAAAGAUCAAUGGAUAUGGUAAGUUAACUUUCAGCAAUGGGGAUAUAUACGAGGGAGAAUGGGCUGAUGGUAAAAUGCACGGAAGAGGUGUGUAUAAGUAUGUAGAUGGUGAUAUUUAUUCAGGUGAAUGGAGAGAUGAUAAAAGGCAUGGAAAAGGUACGGUAACAUAUGUAAGUAGCACAGGGGAUCAAAUUAUUGAAAAAUACGAAGGAGAUUGGGUGAAUGGUAAGAUGCAUGGUCACGGAAAGUAUGUCUAUGUUGAUUCUGCUGUAUACGAAGGUGAUUGGUUCGAAGGUUCCAUGCAUGGCAAGGGUACGUACAUUUUCCCAUGUGGAAAUGUUUAUGAAGGUGAAUGGGUUAAUGAUGUUAAAGAAGGCUAUGGUGUAUUGACUUAUCAGAAUGGUGAGAAAUACGAAGGAUAUUGGAAGGAUGGCAAAGUUAAUGGCAAGGGUACUUUAACUUAUAGUAGAGGAGAUAAGUAUGUUGGCGACUGGCUUGAUGCAAAAAAGCACGGUGAAGGUGAACUGUUUUAUUCCAAUAAUGAUAGAUUCAAAGGUAAUUGGGUUGCUGACAAAGCAUGCGGAUUUGGAGUAUACACUUAUGCUAAUGGGAAUAGGUAUGAGGGGUAUUGGGAAAAUGACAGGAGGCACGGAAAAGGAGUAUUUUACUGCGCAGAAGAUAACAAUGUAUAUGAAGGUGAGUGGGCAAAUGGAAGGAAGGACGGUAAAGGAAUCCUCAGAUUUGCAAUGGGGCAUUCAAUACAAGGGAUAUGGAAAGAUGGAGUUCUUUCACAAUUCCACAGUUUGCAGUUCCCACCCGAAUCACAAUGGUCAAAUCCAAACUUUUAA